AUGUUCAAAUGCGCAAAUGCUGCCGAGGCCCGUAGGACUCUUCGUGACCACUUUAGGAAACUAUGCACUACACAAUCGCAGCAGCAACAACACUCUGAAUGCGUUAUUAAGGAAAAGAAAGAAAAACCGGAAGCAACAAAACCGGGUUCGUUAGCAUUAGUCCGAAGUGAUAAACAAAAAAUAAAAAAUGUUAGUAAAGAAAACCCGGAAGCAACAUCAUCGGCCUCGCCAACAUCGGCCUCGUCAAUAUCGGGCUCGUCAGCAUUGACCCAAAAUGAUAAACAAGAAGUUGAAAAUGUAAAGAAAGAAAGACCGGAAACAACAACAUCGGCCUCUUUAGAAGUAAUCCAAAAUUAUAACGAAGAAAUUGAAAAUGUAGAAAUAGGAAAACCGGAAACAACAACAUCGGCCUCUGAAGCAGUAAUCGAAGCUGAUAAACAAAAUAUUAAAAAUGUAAUGAGAGGAAUAUCGAUGACAUUGAAUUCGUUUGCCUCAAAGCAGUGUGACGAAGAAGAAAAUACAAAUAAUUUGGACAUAACAAUAAAAGAUUUGACAAGGGCGUUGAUAGAAACAUUGAAAAUGAAGACAUGUAUUCAAUCUUCUGCUUUUGUAUCAGAGUGUGAUUUAUACAACGACUGUAGACUUAAAGCAAGCAACCAUUACAUAGAAACAAGUAAAUUAACCCUUCAAGGACGCAAACCCAUUUUAUUAAUGUCAAACGAUGCUUACAAUGUCGGCACAGAUUUCUCAACCGAAUACAUAUCCGUCCAGAAUCUACAAAACAAACGACAAAGAGAAGAAAUUCUAAACGAAGACCAAAUCGCUAACAUGAGGGAACAUAAAAAAACACCGAAUCUGGAAAAUAUUAUUAACGACGUUAAGGAAUUUUCACACAACGUAGAAAGACAUUCUAUUAAUAGGUUCGAAGACGAACUGAAAUGUCAAGGCCUUAAAGAUGGCUCAUCAAAAAUAGUUCGUGGUCGAGUCAGCAUUGUAGAAAAAACCAACAGUAAACGCACUUUCAGAGAAGAGCCUCGUAAAUACAAAGUUACAGUACCAGAGCCAUUGAAUGGAAGGGCUAGUAAGUCAUUGAGGUCUCAUGCAACGGCUGAAAAUAAACUUUCCACAAAUGCACCUUCUGGACCUAUCUCAUUAGGCAAAUUUAAAGCUGAACUGCUUGAAUAUCUACAAACACACAAACGGAGCGGUGAUAAACUUUUCAGUCGUGUUCUUUCCACACAAGAAUUCUCCAAACAUGUACAAAGUGCAACAACAAAGUGCAAAGUUAAAGAUAAACUGCGCAAUAAAGGAACAGAUCUGGAACUACGAAAAGGAAGUAAUGGAAAACCAUCGGGUUCGCGUACAAAUAGCAGAAAGGAACAUACUCGCGAUGUUUGUUCCAAACUCGAGACUCCCAGAUAUGUAGAUGUACUAGUGUUUAAUACAGACCAACAUAAACGUCCAAGAACUGUUAAAGAACCACGAAAAGAAGUAGAUAGAAGACCAUCCAUAUCACUUACAAGAAGUGGAAAUAAAACUUUUAGCCACGUGCUUCCCAGACAUGAAUCUGCUGGAUAUGUGCCUUUACGUAAAUUGAAAAAUAAAGCUUUUAGCCACGUGCUUCCGAGACAUGAAUCUGCUGGAUAUGUACCUCUACGUAAAUUAAAAAAUGAACUGCAUCGUACUCAAGACGCAGACCUAGAAUCACGAAAUAAAAUGGUUACAAAGAGGCCAAGGGAAUAUUCUCAUGUUUUUUCCAGAAACACCCCCGAAUAUGUAGAUUUACGAAAAUCAAAAGAAGAUCAGCAUAAAUAUCAAGACACAAUUACAGAACUACAAAAUCAUACCGAUAUAACAUCCUAUAGUUCACUUAUAAAAAGCGGAAAUGAGUCUCUUGGCCAUGGGCAUUCUAGUCAUGAAUCACCGAGCCAUGCAAUUUUAUGCGUUAAUGAGUUGCGUAAAUUGAAAAAAAAUCUGAACAAAUCCCAGGAUUUAAUUACAGAGUCACGAAAAAAUUUGGAUAAAACACCAUCUAGUUCUUCUACAAAGAGCGAAUAUGAACUUUCAAGACAAGAAUCUCCCAGACAUUUACCUAAUGACGAACUACGUAAAUAUCACGCAUCAGAUUUAGAAUCACGAAAGAAAGAAAGUAAUGGAAAACCAUCUAUUUCCUCUACAAGGGGCGGUAAGGAACUUUCUCAGGAUAUUUCUUCCCAACAUGUAAAUAUAUAUAUAUUCAAUACAGGCGAAUAUAAAUACCAAGACACUAUUACAGAAGGAAAAAAAAUAAAUAGAAGACCGUUAAUAUCUUCUGCAAGAAGGGGAAACAUAUUUUCCAGACAUAACACUUCAGGAUAUGUAUCUGAUGUACCUUUAAGUGGGUUCAAAGAUAAGUUGCGUGGGGACAACGACACAGGGCUAGAAUUUGAUAAUAAAGCCUCUAGUUCUCUUGCAACGAGUGGAAGAAAACCUUUAGAUGUUUUUUCUAGAAAUGAGAUUUCCAGACAUGUAUAUUUACAAAAAUUACAGAAAGAUCGACGUAAGUACCAAGACACAAUUAAGGAACUACAAAAAUACAUACAUAUAAUAUCAUCUAAUACACCUACAAGAAGCGUAAAAGAGUCUUUUAAUUGUGGACUUUCCAAUUAUAAACCACUGAGACAUGUACUUUUACCCAAAUCCAAAAGUAAGCUAUUGAAAAAAGAGCAGCGUAAAUACCAGGACACGGCCACAGAACCACGAAAAGAAGUGGACAAAUGGACAGCAACAUCCUCCAAUUCUUGUACAGAUUCCAGGUAUAAAUUUGCCAUACAUAUGCCUGUAAGUAAGCUCAAAGAUACCGUCCCUAACUAUCCAAGUACAGAUCUGGAACUACAAAAUCAAAUGUAUAGAAUAUCGUCUACUUCUCUCACAAGUAGAAAAAAUGAGCUUUCCAAGCGUGAUACUUUUAGGCAUGACCCUCUGUGCAAAUUCGAAGAUGAGUUGUAUAAACAUCACGAUACAGAUAAUGAACCACAAAAAGAAAUGGAUGAACCACUGUCUAGUUGUCCCACAAUAAGUGAUAAUGAAUUUUCCAAUCUAGAAUCUUGCAUAAACCACAUUGAACCACAAAAUAAAAUGUAUGCAAUGUCAUCUACCUCUCCUUCGAGGUGUAAAACUGAAUUUUCAGAGUGUGACUCUCAUAGGGAUGGGCCUUUAUGCAAAUUCAAAGAUGAGCUACGUAAGCAGCAUGAUAAAGUUCGUGAAAUGGAAAUGAACGUAUCACUAUUUAGUUGUCCUACAAGAAGUGAACAUGAACUUUCAGGGCAAGAAUCUGGCACAAAGGUGUCUUUAUGCAAAUUCAAAGAUGUUGUGUGUGAAUAUCAGGAUAUCUAUCUAGACGCAGAAAAUAAAACGUAUGUAACAUCAUCGACUUCUCCUACGAGGAGGAAAACUGAAUUUUUGAAACAUGGUUCUCGUAAAAAAGAUACAGUUCCUGAACCACAAAAGAAAAUUGAUGAAGUACCAUCUAGUUAUAUUACAAGAAGUAUAACUAAACUUUCCACGCAUAAAUCUCCCUUGCAAGUCGUUUUAGACAAAUUCAAAGAUUACCUUGGAAAAUAUCCUGAUCCUGUUUCAGAAUCAAAGAAACAAAUAAGUGGAACACUGCAUAGUACUUUAGCGAAGACAACAGAUAUACUGUCCAGAUAUCCAUCUUACAGUAAUGCAUCUACUCAGCAUGUUCCUUUACGCAAAUUCAAAGAUGAGCUAAACGAGUAUCAAGAAACAGUUACAGUAUCUCUAAAACGAAUGGAUGAAACUGUGUCCCAUUCUUCUGCAAACAGAAAAGAUCAGUCUAGGCGUGAUCGUUCCAGAAAAUUAAAUGUACCUUCAAGACAUGUGCCAAUACGCAAGUCGAGAGAUAAACUGUAUAAUUACCAGAAUAUAGUAUCACGACCACGAAAAGAAUACCAAAGCACAGUUACACAACGACGAGAAGUAUUGCGUAGAACGUCAUUCAAAUCACCCUUAAUAGUUGGAAAGACGUCUAGCAAGCCAAUACAUGUUCCUUUCCAAAUAAUACAUAAGAAAAGCGAAGGUAUCGUGUCAAAAGUAGCAAGUAAUAUUACAGACAGCAAUAUUAAAAUUGAUGGUGAAGAUCAAGAGUAUAAUAAAGCCUACAAAGAUCCGACAAAGCUUGUUAACGACAGCCCAAUAGGGUACCGUCAAGAUGUCUGUUUAGAUCUUUUGGCCAAUUUUUUAAAUGCCUUUUUACUAGAGUUUCAUAAACUUAUGGAUCGCCAAAGUAAACUGAGUAAUAUUGUUGAUUCUAUACCUAAAUUGAAAAAAGAUGAGGAAGUUGCAAUGAUACUUGAUGACACGAUAAAAACUGAUGAUAAACAAGGGAUGGCAACGAAAAUAGAAUAUAAUAAGAGAAAUAUCCAGAAUGUUCCUUUGGAAAAGACAUCUACAGGAACAAAGAACUCGAAAUCAUCAUUUUCUCCUCAAACUUUUCCAAAAUCUCGGAUUAUCAAUACAAAUUCUCUUGUUUUGGAUUUUUUGCGACGUUCCGACUUUCAUAGAUCUAAUUUAAAAUCUAGUAUACCCAUUGAAAAGUCCAAAACUCGGUCAAUUAUUAGCUCAAAUAUUCCAAGAAUAAUUACUUCUCCGUGCAAUAUAAAACAAGACAAUAAAAAAACGCACUCAGAAUUAAUGUUAACAUCCUUGAAGAAACAACUAAAUGUUACCAGACGUAAUAAUAGUAUUAUCAAGGAACCCAACAACAAUUUUACUUUGAGCAAUGUGACGGAAAACAAACUAAAGUAUCCUGUGUCAAACGAUACCAAUAGACAUGUAGAGGAUAAAACAAAUGCACACGGUAUUUACAGUAAUUACCCAACAAAACAAGCAACUUCUGCAAAUUUCAAGAAAAACAGUGAGAAAUAUAUUAAAGAACACAAAAAUAAACAUUUCAUACGUUCACUUAGAACGAAAACAUGUUACAUGAAGACAAAAGCUUCCAUAAGAAGAAACCAAAAUGAUAUACAAGGUUCUUACAAAACUAAUAAUAAAAUUAAGAAAAAUAGAGCUAUAACUGGUAUUUCUUGUACAAGGAAAUUCAAUAAGAAGAAAUAUGAAAUAAGCAAUAACAAAAACCGAUGUAGGGAAGAAUAUUAUAGGAAUAAUGCUAAAUAUGACAUUGGAGAUUCAUUUAAAUCACGUCAGACAAUACCAGCAAUCAUAGACCCUAGUUUAGAUUGUAAGGAAACUGAAAAGGGCGCCCAAGACUGCAAAUCCACCACUGAUACAGUGUCAAUAUUAUAUCAUAAUACAAUAGCAGUUGUCCGUGUGACUGCGGGCGACCAGAGCGAGCAGCGUGAAGACCCCCUGAAAUCAGGGCACGCGUAA